AUGCAUGUCUCAACCUUGAUCCCCGAACGAGCGCCAAGGUGGAAGACGGUUUAUCAAGAGCUUGCGGACUACCCCUGGUUCGUCUGCCUUGGCAACCACGACUUCGGAAACGAUGACCCAGACUGCCUCUGCCCUUUCUUCCAUGAGAGGGUCCGCUGCACGAACGCUGACAGCACGGCUGCUGGUUGCGGCGGUGCCCGGCCAUACUCCACGGCUAACCAGUCGUAUUCCUGCAACCAGCUCAAUGUCGACAAGGGCGGCAUUGACGGGGACCUGCGCAGGAAUUUCCACUUGCCGGACUUCACGUACUACUACACGAUCCCGGAGCUGGACUUUGAGUUGAUCAGUAUGGACUACAACUGGUACGACCGCCACGGGAUCGGAGGAAACGGCUACGGUCCCACAGGUGGCGGUCGUGGCGUCGCCAAAUCUUGUGGUGGGGUGGAGCGUGUGGAGGAUAGCUUGGCACGAAUCCGCGAUGCGUCGAACAAGAUUCUCAACGAGCGGGCACAGGCUGCCAACGCUACCAACUAUGCCAUUAUCAGUCACUAUCCCGACUGGGCUCAAGAAGGAAUCAACCUUCGACACAAUUUCCUCACGGGGAUGCAUGCCGAGCAGGCUUCCGGGGUGUACACAUGUUGCGCCUUGCCUUUGGUCGAUGCCGUGAUCAGCGGGACGAACGCUUGCAUCUUUGCAUUUGGGUGCACGGGCGCGGGGAAGACGCAUUCCAUGCUUGGUCCAGAGGGCGGGCGCAAGCAAGCCAGACAGGAUGGGAUUCUUCCCCGGGCGGCAGCCGAGCUCUUCCGGCGAAUCGCUCGGCUGGAGGCGGAAGCCAAGGCCGCCAUUGGAGCCGGGGGCUUUUCCGCCUACGAAGUGCGGGUUUCCUUUUUGGAGGUAUUCUGCGAGAAUGCUUUCGACCUGCUAAGCGGACCAGUUUCGGCGUCGCGGGAUCCAGCAAGUGCUUGUCAACUCCGAGAGACAACCGAUGGCCGAGUGUACGCAGAUGGAGCAAAGGAAGAGAAGAUUCGGUCUUGCGAGCAACUGCUGGAUGUCGUAGCGCGAGGAGCGAAGGCACGCGCGACGGCAGCCACAGGCGUCCAUGCUCAUUCAUCCAGGUCUCAUGCCCUUCUCGUUAUGUCUAUCGAGCACCGCUGGCGCGACGUUGCAGAGGCGGACCCUUCAAAGUAUCGAUCGCAGGUUGCCCGCCUAACCUUGGUCGACCUUGCGGGCGCCGAGUCAAUGGAGCGCUCACAUGGUGGCAGUGUGGAUGCUGCCGGCGUGGGCACAAACAUGGGCCUGCUCGUCUUGGGCCGGGUGAUCCGCGCUCUCGCUGAAGGCUCAGAGCGAGUGCCAUACAGAGACUCGACCUUGACGCGACUCAUGCAAAGCAGCUUGGGCGGCAAGGCCAAGACCCAGAUGCUGGCUUGUGUCAGCCCUGCAGAAGUGGAGGCGGGACUCACAAUGCAGACUCUCAAGUAUGCCACCAGUGCGAGAAGUGUCAUCCUAAAGCCUGAAGCUGCCAAAGUCACCACCGAGGUUGAGUUGGACCCCAUGCUUACGGAUGUAGAUGAUGAUGACGUCGCUUUGAACCGUCGAUGCAUUUGGAUUGAGACGGCCGACUUUGGUGAUGUCUUUGCCCGCUGCAUCGGGAACCCGGCGGACCCCCUGAUAUUGUACGUUCACGGAUCCGGGCCUUGCAACAGCUCGAACUUUUGGAGCAAGCUGGUGGUGGAUGUGGCAGUUUUGGCAAGCGCAGGCAGUCAGGACUGCCCAAAGAGCUACUUCCAUGUGGCUAUCGACUGCCCUGGAUACGGUCGCUCACCGGGGGACCGGCAGAGUAUUAGAUCGUAUCCCUGUGCUUUGAUUUCCAACAUUGUGCGGGCCCUCGGGCGUAAGACGGUGGCUUGCCUCGUUGGCUCCAGCCAGGGAGCUUGCGCUGCACUGAAUUGCGCGCUUGAAUGUCCCAAGUUGAUGCACACUGUUGCCGUUUGCCAUCCUGUUGGGCAUGCUCCUCAUCGGUAUGUUGCCAUUUCUCAGCCAACCCUGCUAAUUUUUGAUACGGAGGAUGCUGGACACCCUGUUAGCGUGGGGCGUCAGAUGAGACGCCAUCUGCCGGACCCCAGAUACUUUGAGUUCACCCGGUCGAAAGACGGAGACUGGGAGUGCCACCACAUGGGUGAGGAGAUGAUCACAAUGCUCCGGGACAGUUAUCACACCUGGAAGAACAAGAGGCUCGGAGGGCGAAGAGACAAGGAACUUCCGGACCUUACCCGAGUGGCGGGAGGCUUCAACAGCUGGAACGACAUACACGGCGACGAGUUCGAGGCUUGGGGAGGUUACGAUGCUGAUGAUGAGCCGGCUGCGACAGGUGCAGCAAAGGAGCCAAACGAAAACAGCUGGAGGGCAAGGCUUGAUCCAAGCACCAACACGAUCGUGUAUGAGAACCUGAUAUCCGGCAGGAUUUCCCGCGUCCGUCCUCCGGGCGCACAAGUCGUCGUAGAACGACUGGGAGGGGGAGGGGGCGAGGGAGCGGCAGGCCCAUCAACAACGUCCGCAGAGCCCAAGGCAGAGUCUGGGAAGGAAGCACCGGCCAGAAUUGAUGUAGGCCGUCCUCUUAUACCCCUCUUCGAGGGAGCAGAAGAAGAAGGGGACGAGGAUGAUGAAGAGCGACAGGCUCGAGAGGAGAAGGAAGCCGCCGCAUUGCUUGAACAAGAGGCCUCGCAAAGUCACUGCGACUAUUGCCGGAGGGUGCUGCUACAGCCAAUCCGCUUGGCACGCUGCCGAUGUGCUCUGUGCGCCUGCUGCUAUGAGCUUACCGUGCGCUACAUGCGAGAGUGCCCAGCAUGUGAGACGACCGUGGACGUGAAGGGUGGUAAGCCGGUCUCUGAUGCAUCUGACGGUCUGCUUGCAAAGUCGGAAGCCUUGGCGUCUGCUGGCGACCCGGACAUGGAGGAGCAGAAGAGGCUUCUUCAGCAGCUGACAGAAGUGAGACAGAAUGCGCAGCGCAUUGUCCUCCAGUAUGGCAAUACGUCCAGCGGGCGCGGAAGCAAACGCUCUUACACCACCUUCCUCAAGGUUGUCUCCGCAGAGGGUGGCGCCCUAGAGAAGGGGAGUGUGGUGAAAGUGGACUUUAAUAUCAACCCUGGCUAUAGCAAACCCACCUCCACUGCCAAAGAGCCCACCGACAAGUCUCUGGGAUUCGUCUUUGAAUACGCCAUGGCCAGAGCCUACCCCUGCCACAUGACAGUUCACUUCAAGAGUGAACUCGGCUUGCCGAAGCUAGUGAUUGAGCACUUU